GCCAUAUUACGUCACUAUUCAGGUUCGCAAAUAAAGGCUCGCCAGGAGCUUAGACAAGCGAAAGAUGUCAGCCAAUCAGAGAGAGGCACUGGCACAGCGCUCGUUGCGUGGGCCCUCCUUAUAACAACCAGGCUUUCACAGCUCCACACAGUUAUCACUCAGUAGCUAUGCCCGAGCCAGCCAAGAGCGCGCCCAAGAAGGGCUCCAAGAAAGCCGUCGCCAAGAGCGUCAGCAAGUCCGGCAAAAAAAGAAAGAGGAGCAGGAAGGAGAGCUACGCCAUCUACGUGUACAAGGUGCUCAAGCAAGUGCACCCCGACACCGGCAUCUCGUCCAAGGCCAUGAGCAUCAUGAACUCGUUCGUCAACGACAUCUUCGAACGCAUUGCGGCUGAGGCGUCUCGUCUGGCUCACUACAACAAGCGCUCCACCAUCACGUCCAGGGAGAUCCAGACCGCCGUGCGUCUCUUGUUGCCCGGUGAGCUGGCCAAGCACGCCGUGUCCGAGGGCACCAAGGCCGUCACCAAGUACACCAGCUCCAAGUAGACCGCUUCAAUCAAAACACAAAAACGGCUCUUUUAAGAGCCACAAACCUCAUUUGGAGAGAAUUAUUCACUUAGUGCAUAUACACUGGUUAGUCUUUUAUGACAACCUGGGUUCAUUUCUUGGCCCGCCUGUGGAGUUUUUAUGUUCUCCACGUGCCUGCGUGGGUUUUCUCCGGGGACUCUAGAUUACUUCUCACAUCCACCAAAAUGUACAUUAUUCAUUGAAAACUUAAGUUGCCCUUUAGUGUAAUUAUGAGAGCAAUUCUGUUAUUGGCAAAAUGUUCAGGGUGUACUCUGCCUACUGCAGAUGAUAGCUGAGAUAAGCUCCAGCGCUCACUCAACCCUCGUGAAUAAGUAUUUUUGACA